AUGGGCGCGCUAAGAACGUGUCGCCGUGAGAUUCAUGGGACCAAUGGAUUGAGACUGAUGCCUGGAUGGGACACGGGCAGCGAAGAGUGGACGGAUCCGGAUGCCUACGUCGAGGCCCUCCUUUCUUUCGCCAAUUCUUCCGCCAUCUUUAGGCACCUUUGCGGCGGUGUGCAUAUCCUCGAUUUCCUGACCCGCGAACCGGACCUGUAUACCUCCCUGCUCCCGGAACAUUGGAGGUCCUUUUUCGACAAGCAUGAUAUUCAGGAUAUCUUGGACCUUCUCCUGCGAGAUGACAUCCGGCCUCUAUUAGACCAAAGUCGGGAGGCUGUCGCGCAUAGUAGAGAGCCAGAUGCAAGUGCACAGUGGCGAGGGGCUGCCCUGCCCCCGCUGGACCUGCUGGAGUACAUCCAUCAAAUCCGUCGACUGAGCCUGGGAAGAGACUUCACCCCUCAACAGCCCGGAACACCAACCAUACCCAGGAAGAUCGCGGUGGGAAUGAAUGUGAAAAAGUACCAUGAGGUGGCGCACUUUUCCAAGUACGUUGAUUCCUUGUGUGCCACGGUGGACGAACAACGAGGCGAUCCGAUCACACACGUCGUUGAUUUCGGAUCGGGCCAGAGCUACCUUGGGCGUACACUUGCGUGUCCUCCUUACAACAGACACAUUGUUGCCAUUGAACGGAAACACCAAUUCAUCAGCGGCGCGAAGGGCAUGGAUAUCCAUGCCAAACUGCAGGAGAAGAAAAAAGUCAAUAUGUACAAUAAGAAGCUUGCAAACUGCAAGACCUGUGUGGAGCCAGAGGUGCACACAGCGACUAAUACAGAUGUCGGGGAGUCUCCAAAUGAAAAUAGCAAUGCCACAAAAGAAUCUACAGAUGUGGCGGGCGGAGACGGAGAAGAUGUCGCCAUGAUAAAUGUCUUCCGUGACAUUAGUCUUGCGCCACACGAAAUAGGUUCUGCUCCUCAUCGCAAUGUUCCCAAACCCGCUGCAGAGGAGGAAGUGGAUCCAGAGAAACCGAGAGGUAGAAUGGACUAUAUCGAGCAUGAGAUCAAGGACGGUUAUCUCGAGCCCAUCAUCAAAGACGUUAUUGAGGCUGCGCCUGCCGAGGUGGAGACACAAACCCAGGGCGAUUCUGCUGCAAACGCCGACAACAAUGCCAACAGCAAAUCGAAGGAUGCCAACGUCAUGGUCAUCUCCUUGCAUUCUUGCGGCAACCUCCUUCAUCACGGAGUCCGGUCUCUGACUCUGAACCCUUCAGUCAAAGCCAUUGCCAUGAUCGGCUGUUGCUACAAUUUAGUCACCGAGAGACUUGGCCCUGCAACCUACAAGCUUCCCAUUCUCCGAUCGAUGCAUCCCCGUCUGACAAAGGAUGCUGUCGCCUACGACCCUCAUGGCUUCCCAAUGUCGAAACGCUUCGAGGACUAUGAGCAUGAGAGUGGAACUGGCAUGAAAUUAAAUAUCACCGCCCGCUCCAUGUCCUUGCAGGCCCCCUAUAAUUGGAGCAGGAAAGAUAGUGAAGACUUUUUCACGCGCCACUUCUAUCGGAGUCUUCUCCAGCGUAUGCUCGUGGACCGCAAGAUAGUUUCGAAGCCCAAAAAUCCAGACAAUCUUUACGAAGAAUCAACCGACCUCGAAGAUGCGGGGAACCCUUUGAUUGUGGGAUCUCUGCGAAAGUCGGCUUUCGUUUCGUUCUCCGCGUACGCUCAUGCCGCAGUGACGAAAUUGGGUCGCGACCCGAAUUUCGGCGAAAAAGUCAAAGCCGGAAUGGCGGAUUUGUCUGAGGAAGAUUACGACCGCUAUGUGAAGGAUUACUGGUAUGCGAAGAAGAACCUGAGCGUGGUCUGGAGCUUGAUGGCUUUCAGUGCUUCCCUGGUCGAGGCGAUUAUUGUCGUUGACAGAUGGCAAUUCCUGCGUGAGCACGAAUCGGUAAAGGAGUGCUGGGUUGAGCCCGUGUUUGAAUACAAGGAAAGUCCCAGGAACUUGGCCGUCAUUGGAAUCAAGAAAUGA